AUGCGUGCUGCAACAAGUCUUCUGACUUGGAACAAAAUCGGUAUGGACCAGCUUGACUCUUUCCUGGAAGGAGCCCUGCUGCGCAUGCCGAAAACGUUCCAAGGUUUCACCAGAGCUGGCAAGCAAAUGUACCGGAAUCGGAAGUUCCGUCAUUCGCAAGUUAUUGAUCGUGUCCUAAACAUCGCUGAACGGCCGGAGAUUGCGAGUGUACCAUGGAGUGCGAUCAAACGCACCCCCAUAGAUGAGGAUGAUACUGCUCAGCUCGGAACAUCGGACCCGAGCGAAAGCGACAGCGAGGGUGGCUCAGAUUUUCCUUACUAG